AUUUCUUUUCCGGGAAUUAAGUUGAAAGAGUUUAAGGUCAAACUGAAUUCGAAAACUACUGUACGAAGGAGGAUCGACUAUCGCCUAUUACCAUUGAUGUUUUGCUGUUAUCUCUUGCAGUUUCUGGAUAAAGUUACGCUCAAUUAUGCUGCGGUCAUGGGAUUGAAAAAAGAUCUUAGUCUCAAAGGCAACGAGUUUUCCAACACGGCUACCUGGUUUUUCAUCGCCUACUUGAUCGCCGAGGUACCGAAUGUAUACUUUUUACAAAAGAUUCCAGCAGCAAAGUGGCUAGCUGGGAAUGUCUUCCUAUGGGGUGGUGCUGCUGCUGCUUCAGCCGGUAGCUACAACUAUCGGGGUCUGUUGGUGUCGCGAAUCUUUCUAGGUGGGUUCGAGGCAACGAUUGGUCCAUCAUUGAUGCUCCUGAUGAGCCAGUUCUAUACCCGCAGUGAACAAGCCCCUCGCUUUACGCUCUGGUAUACAGGGUUGGGUGUCGCUCAGAUCCUUGGUGGUAUCAUCUCUUAUGGGUUCCAACAUGUACGGAAUACGAGCAUAGAUGGCUGGCGCAUCAUGUUCCUGGUGAUGGGCCUGGUCACUAUGCUUGUAGGCAUAUUGAUAUUUUUCUUCAUCCCAGAUACUCCAAGCAAAGCUUCUUGGUUAUCUGACAGCGAGAAGGUUGCUCUGUUGCAGCAUGUCGGUGAGAACCAAACUGGCGUAUGGAGCUCCAAGGUGCACAUGGAGCAAAUAUGGGAGGCCAUAAUGGACAUACAGCUCUGGCUCUUGACUUUUACAACUAUCCUGAUAUCGAUUUCAAGUGGAGUAGUCACCACAUAUUCCGCGACUCUCAUCUCAGGGUUCGGCUUUUCAGGCCCUAUCUCUGCACUCCUGAACACCCCAUCUGGUCUGAUUAGUAUCGUCUUCACCCUAGCCGUCGGGUAUGGAAUCCGCACGUUUUCUCACCGCUGGGCCUGGUUUGUCUUCUGUACAAUCCCAGGUAUCAUUGGCGGCGGGCUCAUGUCAUUCCUGCCGAAGUCCAACACCGCCGGUGUACUUAUGGGCCUCUACCUGGUGAAUGCUAUCGUUGCAACUCUUCCCAUUCUAUACCAAUGGACCAUGGCCAACUGCGCGGGUCAUACCAAACGCGCCUUUGCAAGCGUCCUCGUCGCCGGCUCUUUCUCGGUUGGGAACAUUAUUGGACCGCAGACUUUCCAGGCUAUGGAUGCACCAGAGUAUCGACGUGCUAAGACCUCCGUUCUUGCUACGCAAGCUGGCGCAGCGGUUGCAGCAGUUGCUCUUUUCCUGUAUUACUCAUGGCAGAAUCGGCAACGCGAUAAGAAACAGGGACUUGAGAAUGGGGCAGUGAUUGAUGAGAAGUGGGCCGGACUUACUGAUAAGCAAAACUCUUCUUUUCGGUAUGUUUACUAG